UAUAUUUUAUAGAUAAAUCCGCGGUCACACUGAGCUGCACUUGAACGCAAAAUAAACCGAAAAUUAUUAUAAAAUGAGUCAAAAUAUCUGCAUAUUGGGCCGCAAAAGCAAUGGCCUCAACAUCUUGAACAUAUCCAGAAAAGUUCAAUGCAGGGCAUUAUCCGCCGCAGUGGCGGCCCCUCAAACCAAGCAAAGGAACAAUCAAAAUAUUGUGCUGGUUGAUGGUGUCCGUACACCUUUUUUGACGUCCGGAACCUCCUACUCGAAACUUAUGCCGCACGAAUUGGCCCGACACUCUCUUCUAUCGCUGUUGCAAAAGAAUCGACUUGACAAAGAGCUCAUCGACUAUAUAGUCUAUGGCAGCGUCAUCCAAGAAGUAAAGACCUCCAACAUCGCACGCGAGGCAGCACUCGCCGCUGGGUUCAGCGACAAAACACCCGCGCACACGGUCACCAUGGCUUGCAUCAGCUCUAAUGCGGCAAUAACGACCGGCAUGGGCUUGAUUGCGACCAACACAUACGAUGUUAUUGUGGCUGGUGGCGUUGAGUUUAUGUCUGAUGUCCCCAUUCGUCAUUCGCGCAAGAUGCGCGGUCUUAUGCUAAAGGCGAAUAAGGCAAAGACUCUUGGCCAGCGUCUAGCGCUGCUGUCGACAUUCAGACCUGGCUUUUUGGCCCCCGAAUUGCCAGCGGUGGCCGAGUUUUCUUCUGGCGAGACAAUGGGACAUUCGGCGGAUCGUCUGGCAUCCGCAUUUAAUGUUUCCCGCGGCGAACAGGAUGAGUACGCUCUGAGAUCCCACACGUUGGCAAAGCAAGCCCAAGAGAAAGGUUACUUCACGGAUCUGGUUCCGUUCAAGGUGCAAGGCGUAGAUCAGGUGGUGGACAAGGACAAUGGCAUUCGUGUGUCCACUCCCGAAAGUUUGGCUAAAUUGAAGCCAGCUUUUGUGAAACCCUACGGAACCGUUACCGCCGCCAAUGCAUCAUUCCUGACCGAUGGUGCCUCUGCUUGUCUGAUCAUGACUGAAGAGAAAGCCAAACAGCUCGGCCUUAAACCAAAGGCUUUCCUCCGCGAUUUUCUGUACGUGUCGCAAGAUCCCGUCGACCAACUGCUGCUGGGUCCCGCCUACGGCAUUCCGAAACUUUUGAAGAAAGCCGGUGUCACUUUGAAAGACAUUGACUCGUGGGAGAUCCAUGAAGCUUUUGCCGGUCAAAUUGUAGCCAAUCUCAAGGCCUUGGACUCGGAUUGGUUCUGCAAAACGUAUCUGGGCCUGAGCGAAAAGGUUGGCUCACCAGACCUGUCCAAAUGGAACAACUGGGGCGGAUCCCUGUCCAUUGGCCAUCCCUUUGCCGCAACUGGAGUCCGUCUGUGUAUGCACACUGCCAACCGGCUGGUUCGCGAAGAUGGCAAACUUGGUGUGGUUGCAGCUUGUGCAGCCGGCGGCCAGGGCGUGGCCAUGCUUAUCGAGCGCUAUCCUGGCGCAACAGCGGACUGAAAUCGAAACGAAAUCAAUAAAUGAAAGUGCAGUUUGACUGCAGUUUGAUGCCUUAGCUUUUAUACACUUUAAACUAUGUCUAUGAGUAAAGAAGUUUGAAAUUA